GGGUGGGGGUGUGUUCCCAAAUGAAAGGAAAAGCAGCAAAGCUGUCAGAUGUGAGAGAAAAGAACCUUGAGUUCUUGUGUUGCAGGUCCUGGCCCUGGUUGUGGUUCUGGUCCGAGCUGCUGCAGCCUGAGCAGACCUGAUGCAGAGAGGCAGCAGGCUUUUUGGCGCUCACUGAAGCCACAGAUUGUCUAAUUAGAUUAAGCGAGGCUUUCCUCAGAUAAUCAUUUAGCCAGCUCUGCUUUUUUUUCUUCUUCUUUCUCUUCUAAUGGAGUGCUGCUGCAGCCUGCCUGCUCCUCAGAGGUCAGUCUGAAUUUCUUCACAGUUCAGGGGGUAAAACUCACUUUUUUUUGGGCGAGCCAUUGAGCAGAGAGAGAGAGGCGGUUGAAGAGCUUUGGCCGGGUUAUGGGCUGCUUCUGGAGCUGGGACUGUCAUCAGAGUAAUCGGACUAAUACCUGCUGCUAACAGGAGACCAUGGAGGAAGUUUCUUCGCAACGCAGUUCCUGUCAGGAACCAUCUGCACCUCAGGCCUGCCACUGAGGCGACGUCUUUCAGGAAGGCUCCCAGCAAAGGAAAACAUGGCCAAAAACUCUUUCCGAGGCUCCAAAUUCGGCCGCCGUGGCGAGGCCAACCACGAGGCGGAGUUCAGCUGCUCCCUGCAGGAUCUGUGCUCGCUCAUGGAGCUGAGGGGAGAGGAGGCGAUCACCAGGAUCCAGGAAUCUUAUGGAGGUGUGAACGGACUGUGUACCAGACUCAGGACGUCUCCUGUAGAAGGUCUGGACGGAAAACCAGAGGACAUCGACAGAAGAAAACAAGAGUUUGGACAGAACAUCAUCCCUCCUAAAAAGCCAAAGACCUUUUUGCAGUUAGUGUGGGAGGCCUUGCAGGACGUCACGCUCAUCAUCCUGGAGAUGGCAGCCAUUAUUUCUCUAGGCCUUUCUUUCUACAAUCCGCCAAUCGCUGACAGACAGAAUUGUGGCAACGCAGCUGGGGGUGUGGAGGACGAGGGCGAGGCGGAGGCCGGGUGGAUCGAAGGCGCCGCCAUCCUCCUGUCCGUGGUGUGCGUGGUCCUGGUGACGGCCUUCAACGACUGGAGCAAAGAGAAGCAGUUCAGGGGUCUUCAGAGCCGCAUCGAGCAGGAGCAGAAGUUCACUGUGAUCCGAGGGGGGCAGCUCAUCCAGAUCAAAGUCUCUGAGAUUGUUGUCGGAGACAUCGCACAAGUUAAAUAUGGUGACCUCCUCCCAGCUGAUGGGAUCCUAAUUCAGGGCAACGAUCUGAAGAUUGAUGAAAGCUCCUUGACUGGAGAAUCGGACCACGUCAAGAAGAGUCUCAACAAAGACCCCAUGCUGCUGUCAGGCACACAUGUUAUGGAGGGCUCGGGCAAAAUGGUGGUCACUGCUGUGGGUGUGAACUCGCAGACUGGGAUCAUCUUCACGCUGCUCGGUUCCACUGAAGACGGUGAUGGAGACGGCGAGGACAAAAAGGACAAGAAGAAGGAGGACAAGAAAAACAAGGACAGAAAGGACAAGAAGAGUAAAAAAGAAGACAAAAGUAAAAAAGGGAAAGAGGACGGACACAAAACAGAUGGAGCCGCCACGGAGGUACAGCCGCUCAAUGAGGACGGAGAACUGCAGAAGAAGAAGAAAAACCUCCCGAAGAAAGAGAAAUCAGUCCUGCAGGGGAAGCUGACCAAACUGGCUGUGCAGAUUGGCAAAGCAGGCCUGUUCAUGUCGACACUCACGGUCAUCAUUCUCAUCACUCGCUUUCUGAUCGAUACCUUCUCGAUUCAGGGGCUGCCUUGGACCGCUGAGUGUGCAUCUAUCUACGUGCAGUUCCUGGUCAAGUUCUUCAUCAUCGGUGUGACGGUGCUGGUGGUGGCUGUGCCUGAAGGUCUCCCUCUGGCCGUCACCAUCUCACUCGCAUACUCAGUCAAGAAAAUGAUGAAGGACAACAACCUGGUUCGCCACCUGGACGCCUGUGAAACGAUGGGCAACGCCACAGCCAUUUGCUCUGACAAGACCGGCACACUGACCAUGAAUCGGAUGACGGUGGUGCAGGUCUACGUCGCUGGACGACACUACAACAAGGUGCCAGAGCCGGACCUCAUCCCAACAAAGAUCCUAGACCUUCUCAUCCUUGGCAUUGGGGUCAACUGUGCCUACACCACCAAGAUUAUGCCACCAGAGAAAGAGGGGGGUCUGCCCCGCCAGGUGGGAAACAAGACAGAAUGUGCCUUACUAGGACUCAGCCUUGACCUGCACAGAGACUACCAGGCCAUCCGAAACCAAAUCCCAGAGGAGAGUAUUUUCAAAGUUUACACCUUUAACUCUGCGAGGAAGUCCAUGAGCACCGUGCUGAGAAACAAUGAUGGAAGCUACCGCAUGUUCAGUAAAGGAGCCUCUGAGAUCCUGCUUAAGAAGUGCUGCAAGAUCCUGACUGCGAGCGGUGAGUGCAAGGUUCUAAAAUCUAAAGAUCGGGAGGAAAUGGUGAAGAAAGUGAUCGAGCCGAUGGCAUCAGAGGGACUACGGACCAUCUGCCUCGCCUACAGAGAAUUUCCCACAACUGAGGGAGAGCCCAGCUGGGACAAUGAAACGGAGAUCCUUACUGGACUUACAUGCAUUGCUGUUGUUGGCAUUGAGGACCCUGUAAGACCUGAGGUACCAGAAGCCAUCAGGAAGUGCCAGCGGGCCGGGAUCACUGUCCGCAUGGUGACAGGAGACAACAUCAACACUGCCAGAGCCAUCGCCAGCAAAUGUUGCAUUUUGCAACCUGGAGAUGACUUCUUGUGUUUGGAGGGCAAAGAGUUCAACCAACGGAUCCGCAACGAGAUGGGCGAGAUUGAACAGGAACGCAUCGAUCAGAUUUGGCCCAAACUGAGAGUUCUGGCUCGAUCAUCUCCAACAGACAAACACACCUUGGUUAAAGGUAUCAUCGACAGCAUGGUCCUGGAGCAGAGGCAGGUUGUUGCUGUGACUGGAGACGGAACAAAUGAUGGUCCUGCCCUGAAGAAAGCUGACGUUGGCUUUGCUAUGGGCAUCGCAGGGACGGAUGUAGCAAAGGAGGCGUCUGACAUCAUCCUGACAGACGAUAACUUCACCAGCAUCGUCAAGGCCGUGAUGUGGGGCAGGAACGUGUAUGACAGCAUCUCCAAGUUCUUGCAGUUCCAGCUGACGGUUAAUGUGGUUGCUGUCACCGUGGCUUUCGCCGGAGCCUGCAUCACACAGGAUUCACCCCUGAAAGCUGUACAGAUGUUAUGGGUCAACCUGAUCAUGGACACCUUCGCCUCAUUAGCUCUCGCCACCGAGCCUCCGACAGAGGCACUGCUGCUCAGAAACCCGUACGGACGCAAAAAGCCGCUCAUUUCAAGGACCAUGAUGAAGAACAUUCUGGGACACGCCAUCUACCAGCUGACAAUAAUCUUCACUCUCCUCUUCGUUGGUGAGAAGAUGUUCGACAUCGACGACGGCAGAAACGCGCCCCUCCAUGCCUCGCCCUCUGAGCACUACACCAUCGUUUUCACCACUUUUGUCCUCAUGCAGAUUUUCAACGAGUUCAACGCACGCAAGAUUCACGGAGAGCGGAACGUCUUCGAGGGCGUUUUCAGGAAUCCCAUCUUCUGCUCCAUCCUCCUGGGAACCUUUGUUGUCCAGAUAGUCAUUGUGCAGUUUGGUGGGAAGCCGUUCAGCUGUGCUCCACUCUCCAUUGAACAGUGGCUGUGGUGUGUCUUUCUGGGCUUCGGCAGUCUCCUGUGGGGACAGCUCGUGUCCAGCGUCCCCACCAGCUGGCUACGCUUCCUGAAAACCGCAGGUCACGGCACGCAGCAGGAGGAGAUCCCCGAGGAGGAGCUGGAGGAGCUGGAGGACAAAGAUGAGAUCGAUCACGCUGAGAUGGAGCUCAGGAGGGGCCAGGUGCUCUGGUGCCGUGGCCUGAACCGCAUCCAGACCCAGAUCCGUGUGGUGAACGCCUUCAGGGACAGCAUGUCCCCUUACAAAGGUCUGGAGACCCCCGAGUCUCGCAGCUCCAUUCACAACUUUAUGAGCCAACCUGAGUUCCGCAUCGAGGACUUUGACACACAGAUCCCCCUGAUCGACGAAAACGAGGACGAGGACAGCCCCCCCACCAAACGGAACUCCAUCAUCCCCCCACCACUGACGGGCCUCUCCCACCUGCCCCCCGUCCCGCCCUCACCCCACCAGAACAACAACGCCACGGAGCGCAUCGUCCCGCUGCACAAAGACGGCUCCAGGUCCAGCGUGGUCCCGCCUUACUCUGCGGGGCUUCCUCCCUGUCCCGGAAGCCCCCUGCACAGUUUGGAGACCUCGCUCUGAAGCCCCCCCACCACACACUUCCUGUUGCAGUUCAGUGUAAACAAGAAGAGUUCAGGCUGAGAGAUGAGGACUUGAAAUGACUUUUCUGAUUGGUUCUGGUUAGGAGGUGACCUGCUGAUGUUUCAGGGUCCUGGAGUCUUUAGAUAGAAGACCCUCAGAGGACCACCGCUUCCUUCUUUCAUAGACAAAAGUUGUUCAGGGAAAGUGUUUGUGAAACCAUCCAUCUUCAGUUUUCAUGUGUAAAUGUUGAUGUAGUCAGAGCUGAUGUAAAUACUCAGUUUGUCAGGAGACACGAGUUUGACCUUUAAAAUCUGUGACUGAAAUGUUUAGAUUUUAUUCUUACAGAAAUUUGUGUUUCUAGAGAGAGGAAACCUUGAAGACAUGUCUUUUUGUGUUUGUUUCAAAAGAUGGAAAACAAGUGUUUAUUAAACAUUUGAAAUAAAUUGCCACUAAAUGAAAGUGUUUGUAGCCUCUAUGCAUUUUUGAUUAAAGGAUGGCCACUCUCACAUUA